UUCCUCCCAGACCUGGACAAGCUAGACGUAUGACACACAAACACCAUGCACACUACGUCUCUUUCCUAACGUUUAAAAAAAAGAAGAUAGCCCAAAAACAUCCCCUAGCCUUUAACCCCUUAGCCGAUUGCAUGUCUGAAGGAACCAGAUAGGUGUAAACAAUAUUGCCCGAAACUCCCUGUAUCCCGUUGGAAGGCUAGGUGGAGCCGCCUCCAUAUUACUUACACCGGUCCAAUAAUUUCUGUUCUUCAAACACCAAAGGAUUUGGGGCUCAGUGCAAGAAAAUUGGAGUUGUUGUUGGACCAGGCAUAACAUUUCUCAUUCAAGUGUCUCAUUCUGACAGUUAAUUUUAUGUCCAGAAGGGGGAGAUAUUGGCUGAGGUUGAUUUGGACCCAACUCCAGUGCCUCACUGUUCCGGUAAGGGUCGAAAACAAAGCAUUUUGCCACAGUGCAGGUGCUCUGUGGGAACAAAAAAAAGGUGAUUUAUAAGUUCGCAUACUAUUAUGGGUGUAAACCUGUAUGACCAGAAAUGUGGUCAGAGGAUCAGACCAAGAAACGAGCGGUUCUCUGUCACUGACACACUUCCUUUUCACCGAACCGAGUUUCCUGUGUAGGGGCGGUUGCCAUGGAGACGGUGAACAGCGGCAUGGAGCCUACCGGCUGGAGAGCAAUGUGAGGGUAUGGUCAGACUUCUUGAGGAGCCACCUGCACCCUCACACACUCUGUCAUCCACGAGUACAACCACGAUGGGGAGGCCCACAAUCUGGAAGUGUUUGGCCAGGGGGAGGCUCUGCUCCAGGGCUCAGUGCUGGAGGAUCUAUAGGACAGACUCCACUUCUUCAUAGAGGGCUACCUACAGGGGUUCCAGGUGCUGUGUGACCUGGCCGAUGGCUUCUCCGGCCUGGGUUCAAAGGUCACUGAGAUGCUGCAGGACUCCUAUGGGGGACGGGGCAUCCUGAGCUGGGAACUUGCACCUGUUAGUCACCCAGACACAGUGGUGGCUGCGUACGGAGCCCUCCCCUUUCCUAUGGCGCAGGGCAGCUCUCUCCCUGACACCCUGGGUGACUGCGCAAACACGUUGCUGUGGAAACCCCUAUCGGCUUGCCCCGAGCAGGGCGACGGCCAUGAUUGACCGAAGCUGCACACAAGCUGCUCAAGGGUUUAGAGUUGCAGACUCUGGUUAGCGAGGUCCCCUAGUCUCCUCCUCCCAGUGCACACCUCCCUGCACCUGUCUCCGGCCCUGGGCCCGUGGCUGUUGGAGCUGCAGCGUGGUGCCAGCGCCCUGGACCCCCGCCGCAUCGCCCCCAGCUUCCUCUCCCGGGGUACUGAGCUGGCCGACUUUCAGGAGUCUCGGGAGCAACUCGGCCUCCUGGUUCGCUGUUACCGCGAUGAUAGCAGAGGCAUGAUGCGACGAUCGAUUGACUGACAUCCACAAGAGUCAUUUUCUCUUUUCCGUCUUCUGCAUUGUUAGCCCAGAACGAUUCUGCACACUCCAUACCAUCCGAAUAGAUGGGUCUCGAUGGACCGCGACUGGAAUUGACAGACCCACCCGUCCACAUUGUAUAGUCACCAGAGGAUCAACUCGAGAUCAUACAGACUCACUUAGACUCGAUAAGGAUUGGGGAUUCUGGUUGGAAACAAUGGACUCACUGUUUGAGAUGGUGACGGAGAACUGUUACGAUAGAAUAUUGAUGUUUUAAUUGACAAAAGAUAAUAGUUGGACAGUGAAACUAAGUCCUUAUGAAAUAAGAGAGAAAAUAGGGUGAUGGAAUAAGGAAAGGUCGAUGAAGGGAGAAUAUGGUAGGCUACAUAUGAGAACUGAUAGUCACUUCCCCCUCGAGUUUCAGAGUUUAUUCACCAUGUGCACAGGAUACAACAGGUGUAAAACAUUAGUGAAAUUCUUACUUUGAUCUCUUUCCCAACAAUGCAGUGAUAAUAUACUUUCAAAAAAAAUAAACCACAAGAAUGUAAGUGUGUGUACACAUAAAUGUUAAUCAUACAAAUGUCCAGUUGUCAAUAGUUUCCCAUAUUGGGAUAACAUAAGAUGGCAAUCAUGGUAAAUGUAUGCUAGAAUCUGUGGCAGUGAGGAAAUUAAAAGUGCAAUUAUGUUUGAAAUGUAGUGUUUCUAUUCAUGUCACUAGCUGGCAGCAUUGAAGUAUGGACAUAACUUCACGGACAGGUAAGAAAAAGCUGUUCCUUUAAGCACCAGCAACACCGAGGUGGAUUAAAUCCAUUACGCAUUUAAUCUCUGUAAAAAAGUUAAAAUCAUUAACAUUAAGAAUCAUUUAAUGGGGGCAAAACAUAUUUAAAGAUCUGUGUGGCCGCCCCCUUACAUCUACAAGCGGUGUUCAAUGUUUUGCCUAUAGCUUGAAACAAUCUUCUCUGUCGUGUCUAUUUGUGAGAAUCGGGUUCGCUCCAGCCUGAAUGACAAAAUGGAAAGUAUCUGUUAACCACACACCCACAGCUCAUUCGGAGGAAGCUGGCCAGAAGCAGUUAACCCCUAUCGCGUUUCAUAUCACCAUGACAAGAGAUCAAGAGAAGAGAAACUUGCGAGGAUUUCAAAAACGAGAGACAUAGAAUUAGAUGUCUAAAGUCUGUCUUCCAGAUAGCUAUUAGAUCAAUUAUCUUUCACCGACUAUGGACAACCUCAACUCCUCCAACACCUCCAGCUUGGACCCUACCUCCCCGGAUUCGGGCCGCCUGAUUUCGAGCAUCGUCCUGGGGUUGUGCUGUGCGUUGGGCCUCCCUGGUAACAUAGCUGUCCUGGUGUUCAUCCUGCGCGGCUCGUCCCGACGCCCCAAUUUUACCCUGUGCCUCAUACUGAACCUGGCGUCCUCCGACAUCUUAUGCCUGGCCACUGUGCCCAUGUGGAUUUAUUCUCUCCUGCACGGCUGGACUCUGGGCAGUGCCACCUGCAAGCUAGCCACCUUCCUGCUCUACCUCAGCCUGUACGCGAACGUGCUAACGGUCACUCUACUCGGUGUCCAGCGCUAUCUCCAGGUGUUAUACCCGCAAAUGUGGAACCGGCUGGGGCGCAAGGGGAAGGCGGCGCUGGUCCUGGCCCUGUGGGGGCUCGCCUGCGCCCUGACUGCACCCGCCGUGACCACUCGCUAUGUGGGUGAUGGCGAGCUCAAGUGCCGGAGACACAGUGAAUCCGAUGCUGAAAGAGUAGCGGUCCUCAUCUUGGAGACCUUUCUGGGGUUUGUGGUCCCAUUCUUUGUGCUGGUCACGUCCUACUGCUGCCUCCACCGGCGGGUGAACCAGACGGCGCUGUUCAACAGCGCCAGGUUGACGCGGCUGGUCACCAGUGUGCUGGUCGCCUUCUUUGUCCUCUGGGUCCCCGUGCACAUUGUCAACAUGGUGGACAUUGCCGGCAUGGUGCUGCGGGCUUCCCGGCCAGAGGCGUCGGCAGUGCUGCUGCGCCACAGGAGCGCGGCAGCACGUGUCGUCCGGAGCUUCACCUUUGUCAACAGCUGCCUGGACCCCUUCCUGUACGCCUUCGCCUCACGGAGGAACUGGAAGUAGCCCAAGCGGGAAGCAGGCCACAAAGAUCUGAUGUCUGAAGUCGUCCUCUGCAGGUGCGACAAAAAGGGAUGUGACUGGCAUGCCAACCCAUAACUCUAACCCUAACCCUACCCAUAACCAACCCCCCCUAACCGUAACAAGUCCUUUCACCCCUGCUAUUUGUCCUCAACAAAACCCACAUUAUUUGGUUGCUGAAUCUGGGUCUGUAUAGCCUGUACUUUCUGUGUAUCCAUAGAUCGCCAAAGGGACUAAUCUAGGCUACCCUAUCUCCCUUCAAGCUUGACCACUGUUGGUGAAAUCCAAAAUUAUAUAGCUUCCGUGAACUUUCUCAUGCAUAAAUAAAUUGGUAAUGUUUUCAUGAUUGACUAGAUUUUUGGUUUCUCUUGCAGUACACGUACUUCUGCUUUGGUUCAGAGGAGCCCCAAUUUCCCACUCUAAAAAAUCAACUAGGGCAUGUGUUUGAUUAGCAAACUAGAAAUAUGUUUGCAUUAAAUUAAUGAAUCGUGUUUAUGUUCAUUGUUUGUUGUACACGACUCAAAGAAAAUCCUGAUGAAUUAAAUUAAUUCAUGUCAAUCCAAUGACAAUGAGGUCCCUCAAUACAAUGACUCUGAUAUGGUUAGCUAUUGAGCAUGCUCCA